AAUCUCAUCACAGACGCAUGGGACACGUCGCCGUCGACCCCCUGUAACCCUAGCGUAGCCCCCGACGCUUCCUUCCCCUUCGCCCGACGCUCCCUGCGGCGGCGGCCGGCGGCGCGGCGAGUCGGCGGCAACUCGGCCCCUCCGGACCCCCCCCCCACUAUAUAUCCUCUCCGCCUCGGCGCUCAAGAGGACAAAUCGAGCCUCCGCCCCUCUCGACCAGGCGGGAUCGGAUCGCAAUCGGAUCCCCACCCACAGCCCCUUUUCCCCGGCCGCCGCCGCCGCCUCCCGGGGAGGGGUGGGCCCGUCGACGACGGAGGCGAGGAGGAGGAGGAGGGAGAGCCCAUGCCGGCCGCGGGGGCCCGCCGCUCCACUCGCGUCUUCAUGCCCAAGGCGCCCAAGCCACCCGAGCCCCAGGCCGACCCCGCCACCAGGGUGCUCCGCUCCGGCAAGCGCCUCGCCGCCGACCGGAUCCGCUGGGACGUCAAGGACGCCGCCGCUUUCCACGUCGUCGACGAUGACGACGACCACGACCAGGACCUGCAGCACGACAAGGAUUCCCCCAAGCCGGAACUGCCGCCUCUGACGAAGUCCAUCGGGAUCGUGUACAGCCGGAAGCGCCGCCGGAGGCCCCCCACCGAGGUCCUCAUCGAGGGGGAGGGCAGGAGGUUUGGGAUAGUGUACACCAGGAGGAAGGGAAAGCGGUCGAAGGUCGCCCCUCUUCGGCGAGAGCCGGAGCCGGACGCCCCCAGCGACCUCGACGACGCGAUUCCGUGCUCCUCCUGGGAGUUUGUGUCGAGAACUGGCUUCUUGGAUGCCCAUUUGUCGGCCCUAGUCGAUGAUGCUGCCACUCACGCUGGCCCUGUGACGCUCGUCGUCCUCGUUGAUACAUCUUGCUCUAGGAGCUCUCACCGGCUCCUGGGCCUUCUUCUACCCGUGCUGCGGUGGAUGCGUUGCGGCCGUCAGCAGGGCAAGGUCCGGAACCUAGCCUCUUUUGUCUCGUCUACUGGCAUUGCCGCUGCAUUUGCGUCGCACGGGUUGCACUUUGUCAAGCUCCAGCGCCGGAGAGCCUCUGGGUUGUUACAUAAGACUUUGGUGCAUUGUGGGUGGUGUGUGCUUCAUGGUGCCAAGAAAUCUGGACCGCUGUUAUCAGUUAAUUUCUCGGUGCUUCCUUCAUAUUUCCAGAGCUUGCAUACCUUGGUAGCUCUUAAUUCCAUGUACCUGCCAGCUGUGCUUCGGCAGAGCAGGCUGCUGAUUGGGGUAUCUGAAGUAAUGUAUUCUCACACUCCUUUGGAUGUGGAUUCUGGGUCUCAGAGCUCUGGGAUUAUUGAACCCACUGCCGACUUGGACAGCAAUGGACCUCACAGAGUAGUUCAGGACUAUGUGCCCCUUGAACUAGUUGCUGGAGUAUUGGUGCAUGGUCCAAGGCUAAAGAAGCAUCAAAGGAAGAGGAGCUCGACGAGACAUCCCAAAAAUCAGCACCGCCUUACAGCAAGAUUAUUUGACAAUGCAAUUGGGAUGAAGCAUAGCCUGGCUGCCGCCCAAAUAGAAGUGAAACUGCCAUCAACUAAGCAAGAACCUCCUGUGGAAACUGUCCAACCCAGAGCACCAUUAGAGAUUUCUCUUGAUUUGCUCGAAAACAUGGAUGAAAGUGAUGUUUCGACUCCCAUUGGAUCAACUAGGAAAAAGAGAUCUUCUUUGAAGAGUCCUAUCGAGCGCCUGAAUGAAAGGCUGGCCUUGGCUGAGGUUAGACAGAACAUAGAUUCCGUUCACUGCAAAGCAAACCUUUUAAUUUUUCAAGCAGAAAGGUGCUGGAGGGAAGAAGGUGCUGAAGUUAUGCUAGAACUAUCAGAUACCAAUGAGUGGUGUAUAGUUGUGAAGAUACAAGAUGUUACUAGAUACUCUCUUAAACCUUCAGAUCCGAGGUCGAAUGGCAUUAACCGUUAUACUCAUGCCUGCAUGUGGGCAGUUGACGAUGCUUGGAAGCUUGAGUUCACUGAUAAGUGGGACUGGCUUUUAUUCAAAGAGUUGCAUGUUGUGGGUCGGGAACGCAAUUCCCAGGGAAAGACAAUUCCAAUUCCUGGUGUAGUUGAGGUUUCUGAUGAUAUUGAAGGGAUCAUAACACCUUUCUCACGCCCUGUGCCAGACUAUAUCAGUGUGGUGGAUGAUGAAGUUGGGCGAGCUCUCUCUAGGGAUUCCAUUUAUGACAUGGACUCGGAGGAUGAACGCUGGCUCAUUGAGUUCAGUUGUGCAGAUUCUGAUCAAAAUAGCUCUCAACGGAAGCAUAUUUCUUAUGAAGAUUUUGAGAACAUAAUAACCACAUUUGAAAAGGAUGCAUACAAAAAUCCUGAAGGAGCACAUGACAUGGGUCAGCUUCUUUCAAGAUAUCCUGCUUUAGGAAAGGAUGACAACGUGAUUGCUGUGUAUGAAUACUGGACAAAAAAGAGAUCUAAGAGAGCUGCACCAUUACUAAGGAUAUUUCAGGGUGUGCCGCUAAGGCGAGGACAACUAUCACAAAAGUCUGCUAUGAAGAGAAAGAGGUCUUUCAAGAGACAAAGAAGCCAAGCUGGCCGUGGAAAGCCUGAAGCCUUCUUGCAAGACAAUGCUGAAGAAGAGGCGGCUUUGCAGAGAGUUGCACAAGCCAAACGUGCGGCAAAACAAGCUGUAGAAACCGCUGUUCGUCUGCGCAGUAGAGCUCAGUCUCUCAUGGCAAAUGCAGACCUUGCGACCUACAAAUCCAUCAUGGCUCUCAAGAUUGCCGAGGCUGCUCGGAUAUCUGACUCUUCUCGGGAUCUUGUUUCUACUAUCCUCGACUAGUGAAAAAUGUUCUUGCUUACAUUGGGAAUGAAGAUGCUAGGAAUUUUUUCCUUUUAUGGUGUUGUCACUGGAUGACAUUAAGGUAAUUGCAUAAAAUAUGCCCAGAUAUUAUGCAUCUUGUUAGAUCUUAGAUACCAAAUAUCAUAGAAAUUUUUUUUAUGGAAAGAUCAUCUGAGUUGCUCAACUUUUACAAGAACAUCUUCAUUUUGUUACUAAUUUGAAGCUGACUUGCAUGUCAGCUAAUCAUUAUUUGACUUGUGCAUUUAUGCCUCCACCCAUGUGUAUGUAACUUGAAAAAAGCUUGCAUGCCUUUGUUUGUUACCGAUGAAUUAAUGUGUGUAUUUUCUCAUAUACAGAUUAUAAGUGCUUCCUUUUCUCAAAUUAGCACUUCAGUUUUCAUAAUUUUCUGAAACCAGUAUGCUGACCAGAACUCAUUUCAGUACUUGUCAAAGUUGAUAGGGAGUUUUGAGAGUUCUGCUUUUGGUAGGAAGGCAGCGAUAUUUGUUCAAGAAAAUUUAUGCUCCCUUGUCUAUUUACAUCUUUAAUGUUUUGGUCCUGGCCCAGAAAUGUGCUGAAGAUGUCUUGAAGGACAAACUCGCAUAACUCUACGAGUCUGAACUAACCAGUACCUGAAUCUGAGUCUCAAGAUCAACCUCCUUGCUUCACUGAGAUAUUCUGCAUUGUGGCCCCAGAGAAUGGAGAUGUAAAAAAUUGUUGUUGGGAAGAAUCCAGAUCAAAUAGUUUUAUGACGAAUUAAAAGAUUUCCUUCUAGUGAUCUAUAUACUACUUUCUGAUAUGUAUAUACAAUUUUGUAAGAUACACUUCCGGCUCAAUCAAUAGUUGAUUCAGUUAUAACUAAGGUAUAUACUACUUUCUAAUAUGUGUAUAUAAUUUUUUGAGAUA